UCCUAUCAGCCUAUUGAGACGACAUCACCAGCAGCUUGCUCUGUGCGUGUGUGCAUGGAGGCAAAGCAGAGGGCGAGACAUAGGCAGACGCACCAGAGAGAGAGAGAGAGAGAGAGAGAGAGAGAGAGAGAGAGAGAGAGAGAGAGAGAGAGAGAGAGAGGAGGGGAAGGGGGAGGCUCCAUCUUCUUUCACCUUCCUCCCCCAAGCCACGGAAAGGAGGGGCCAGUGCCGAAGCUGCCAAUCAAAUCUGCUUGUGGCAGCCGGCAUGAUCGCAGCAACAAACUAUUGACAGAUUACAUGUCAAGGAGUUUAGCGCAUGAUUGAAGGAAGCCCCCUUUUUUUUUGUUGUUGUUGUUGUAGUCACUUUUCUGCUUCAUCCGGCCCUCCAGCGAGCAACAUUUGAAUGACUUUCCACCAGAGUUCAGUAGUAUUAUGAAAGUUACAUGUCUGAGAGGAUUUAACUUCGACUUCCCUGAAUAUGCUGAAAGGAGUUUAUGCACUGAAACGACCUCAGGAAAACCCAAGAUGGCCGCCAAAAGGAAAGGUGGCCUAAAACUCAACGCUAUCUGUGCCAAGCUGAGCCGGCAGGUGGUGUUUGACAGUAGCUCGCAAAAUGCAGAGGGCGAGCAGAGCGUAGCUGAAAACAGCGAGCGCGGCAGUUCCCACUACGAUGAUAGCGAGACCAACUUCCGCGAGAGCCUGAGCUUGAGUCAGAGCCUGGAGGAGGACCAGAAGAGACGCGAGGCUAUCGAAAAGUGGGUGAAUGGCGAGUACGGCGACGAGCCGCCGGCGCACGAGGGCGGUGACGAGCAGGAGCACGAGCUCCAAGACGCCGACGAUGAAGACGCCCCUCCCGAAGGUGUCUACAUGGUCCAGCCCAAAGGCUGCAGCGACGAGGAGGACAACAACGGCGAGGAGGCGGAGCCCUUGCUGGGCUCUCAGGAUGGCAGUUACCACGACGACAAAGAUGCUGAAGACGGGCUUUCCAAGCCCGACGCCUACAUGCCGCCGAGCGAGGCCCCCAGCCGCCAAGCACCUUUCUCCUCUCCAGGAGAAGCGUCUGCCCUCCGAGACUAUGCAGCCAACACCAUGAAUGAGUUUUUGGGAAUGUUUGGCUAUGACGACCAUCAUAUGCGGGAUGAGCUGAACAAGAAGCUCAGCUUUGAGAAGCUCAAAGCCGCUACCUCAGACCCCUCGUCCCUCAGUAGCGAAGAGGCCUCUCGCCGAGCCCGCUUCUCCAAGUAUGAAGAGUACAUCCGAAAGUUAAAAGCUGGUGAGACCCUCCCUUGGCCCAUGCAUGCUUCCCCACCCAAACCAGAUGACCUCAAUUCAAAAGUCUCCCAAGACAAAAGUCCAACCAUGCUCCAGACCUCUGGCGGCCUCCCGACGGCCGAACCUCAGAUCUACCCCACCGGCUUGGAUCACAAGCAGCAAGGAGGAGCUCCACUGGCUUCCGCACAGCCAUCGAAUUCCUCUCACUUGCAGAGCAUGGCCACCCGGGCCUCCAAAUAUGACUUCUUCAUUCAGAAACUAAAAAUGGGCGAGAGUAUACAGCCCAAUGGUAAUGCUUUUAAACGACCCUCCAAAUAUGACCUGGAGAACGUGAAGUUCCUGAACCUUUUUAAACCGGGUGACGGCAGCCCUGACAUGGGCGGGGCCAUCGCCUUUAAGACUGGUAAAGGUGGGCGCCCUUCCAAGUAUGACAUCAGAACAAUGCAAAAGCUGAUGCCAGGAAAUCCCGAAGGCUCGCUGAUGCCCAACAUUCUUGCAACUGCACCGGGGAACCCGGGAGCUCCCGGUGUACCCGCCAUGGGCGCGGCUGGGGCCAGCAUUGCACCGGGACUCGCCGUGGACCAGACGGGCCAUAUAAGCUUCACCACAUCUGACUACCUGAAGUCCAGCUUUUCCAAAACUGACUCCAUCACCACUGGCACUGUGUCCUCCAUUAAGAAUGGCCUGCCACCAGAUAAACCUGCCAGCGACGACGUCAACCUCUACCAGAAAUACAUCGCCAGGUUUUCUGGAAGUCAACAUUGUGGCCAUGUGCACUGUGCCUACCAGUACAGGGAGCACUACCACUGCAUGGACCCUGAGUGUAACUACCAGGUGAGCAGGUUUACCAGUAAGCAGGAUGUGAUCAGGCACUACAACAUGCACAAGAAGAGGGAUAAUUCCCUGCAGCACGGUUUCAUGCGUUUCAGCCCCCUGGAUGACUGCAGCGUCUACUACCACGGCUGCCACCUCAAUGGCAAAAGUACUCAUUACCACUGCAUGCAGGUGGGCUGUAGCAAGGUGUACACCAGCACCUCGGAUGUCAUGACGCACGAAAAUUUCCACAAAAAGAACGCCCAGCUGAUCAAUGAUGGCUUCCAGAGGUUCCGUGCCACUGAGGACUGCGGCACGGUCGGGUGCCAGUUUUAUGGCCAGAAGACGACGCACUUCCAUUGCAGGCGCCCCGGCUGCACGUUCACCUUCAAGAACAAGUGUGAUAUCGAGAAGCACAAGAGCUACCACAUCAAGGAUGACGCCUAUGCCAAAGAUGGCUUCAAGAAGUACUACAAGUACGAGGAGUGCAAGUACGAGGGCUGCGUGUACAGCAAAGCGACCAACCACUUCCACUGCAUCCGCUCGGGCUGCGGGUUCACCUUCACCUCCACCAGCCAGAUGACCUCCCACAAGCGCAAACACGAGCGCCGGCACAUCCGCUCCUCCGGCGUCAUGGGCCUCUCUUCCACCUUCCUGGCCCCAAAAGACGAGCCGGAGGAAUCGAGCAACGACGACCUGAUGGACUUCUCGGCCAUCAGCAGCAAGAACUCAAGUCUGAGUGCCUCGCCCACCACCCAGCAGUCCACCACUGUAUCCCACCUCAUGGCCACACCCACUACUGUUGUCUCCUCCUCCUCGGUGGGCCUCACCCUCAAGCCGACGCCCGCGCUGCCCAGUGUGGGCCAGCGUAUGUCCAGCCUGCUGUCCCAGGCCUUGCCCAGCAACAUGCCGGUGGCCCUCUCUCUGUCCAACAGCAACAUGGCUGCUUCCAGCCCCUUCUACCCACUCAUACCCAGGUUGCCUGUCCAGCCUCCUCCGCAUGCUGCCGGCCUGUUAUCAGCCGUCUCAUCCGGUGGCCAUUCCAUGGCCACCGACUCGCUGACCCAAGGCUGCUCUACGGCGGGGGCGGACGGAGCCAUGGCGUCCACCCCGACCUCCUUCUCCACCUCCUCCAUCAUGGAGAAGAUCUCAGCCAGCAAAGGUCUGAUAUCGCCCAUGAUGGCCAGGCUGGCUGCUGCUGCUCUGAAGCCUUCCAAUGGACCAGAUGCAGGGAGCGGGCAGCCGGUGCCAGUCAGCCAGUUUCAUCUGGCUCAAGUCAAACAGGAACCAGCGGAAGCCAACUCGGGGGCCUCGCAAGACUCCACACAAGAACACAGUUUGGACCUGAGCAAGAAAGACACCAGUAGUAAUGAAUCAAAUGGACAUGCUGUACCGGGGAAUGCAUCUCUUUUAUCCUCACUUAUGAAUAAGAUGGCACAGGUGAACCCUGCACUCUUCAACGCCAUGCACCUGAAGACGGAGCUGGAGGGCGGCCAGGCCGGCGAAAACCCGGAGGUGGCCCAGUACCUGAGCCAAGUUCUGAAAAGGCCCCAGUUAGACAAGCCCAGCGAAAUCUGGAGGACUUACCUCCGCAGGUUUGACACAGAUGACUUCUGCGAGGCUCAGUGUGACUUCCUCCAGAAAGUGCACUUUCACUGUCUAGUCGAGGACUGCGGCGCUCUCUUCAGCACUGUGGACGGAGCCAUAAAACACGCAAACUUCCACCUCCGAGCCACUCUGAAAGUGAAGUCGGAGCCUCCGUUUAGCGAGGGGAAAGUGUCCGGCGAGGGCGGUCCUCUGCGGCCCGCUGCCCCCGUCUCCAUGGCCAACAACCCCUCAGUGGAUGUGACGCAUAUCCCCUCGUCCGGUGGCUACAGCUCCCCCCCUCCCUCCCUGUUGGCCUGGAAGCAGCUGACCGGCAGCAUCCCCCAGAUGCCGGCCUCCAUGCCCAACCUGCCGGCCAACUCCCCUCUGGCCACCACCUCGUUGGAGAAUGCAAAGCCGCAAGUCAAACCUGGUUUUCUGCAGUUCCAGGAAAAUGAUCCCUGUUUGGCAACGGACUGCAAGUACUCCAACAAGUUCCACUUCCACUGCUUAUUCGGGAAUUGCAAGUACGUGUGCAAGACGUCCGGCAAGGCCGAGUCCCACUGUUUGGACCACAUUAACCCCAACAACAACCUGGUCAACGUCCGUGACCAGUUCUCCUACUACUCCCUUCAGUGUCUGUGUCCCAACCAGCACUGUGAGUUCCGAAUGAGGGGCCACUAUCACUGUCUGCGGCCCGGAUGCUACUUCGUCACCAACAUCACCACCAAGCUGCCAUGGCACAUCAAGAAGCACGAGAAGGCUGAGCGCCGCGCCGCCAAUGGCUUCAAAUAUUUCACCAAGAGGGAGGAGUGCGGGCGACUGGGUUGCAAAUACAACCAAGUCAACAGCCACUUUCACUGCAUCCGCGAGGGCUGCCAAUUCUCCUUCCUACUCAAGCACCAGAUGACUUCACACGCACGCAAACACAUGAGACGGAUGCUGGGGAAGAACUUUGAUCGCGUCCCAUCCCAGGUGAUGCCACUGAGCCAGAGACCCGAUGACCUGCAUCAUGGCACCGGCAUGGUGUCGGGAGCCAUGGCGGCCCACUCCGAUAUCACUUCCAGUUACUCCUCCGCCACCGUCGAGGAGGCUGACGAUUACGUCGACUACAUGGGAGGCGGAGGCAGCCCCUUGGGUAUCUCCUCCGAGUCAUCCAAUCAAGACCGCAGCUGCACCAGCACCCCAGUGGGCCACGACGGCUCCCCAGCAGGACUAGGCUGCCCCACCACCACCACCACCACCACCACCCCUGCUGACACUAGCCAAAACGCUCCUCCUUCCUCACCUCCUCCUGCUCCUCUUCCACCACCGCCACUUCCACCUCCUCCUUCCGUACCGCAAGCCGGCCUGCCGGCCCAGGCUCAGGCUACAUCACUGUCUCCCGCUCUGCUCCGACCACCCUUGCCCUCGCUCCCAUACCUUCUCUCUCCAUCCUGUCUGUCAUACUCUCUGCUCAGCGCCUCUCUGGGAGCCACUCUGAGUGUUGUCAUGCCAACCAACACACCAGCUUACAGCCCCAUCAUUGCCACUCCGUCGCCGGUUAAAAAUGACGUCCCUAUAGUGCAGGACGCCGCAGGAAAUACCAUCUCCAUCCCCACCGCCGCCGGAGCCAAGAAGCGCUUCUGGAUCAUCGAGGACAUGUCCCCGUUCGGCAAGCGCCGCAAGACGGCGUCCUCGCGCAAGAUGCUGGAUGAAGGGAUGAUGCUGGAGGGCUUCCGGCGCUACGACCUGUACGAGAACUGCAAGGACUCGGGCUGCCAGUUCUCCCUGAAGGUGACCCACUACCACUGCACCCGCGAGAACUGCGGCUACAAGUUCUGCGGCCGUACCCACAUGUACAAGCACGCCCAGCACCACGACCGCGUGGACAACCUGGUCCUGGACGACUUCAAGAGAUUCAAGUCCACGCUGAGCUGCAACUUCCUGGAUUGCCAGUUUUCGGGCAACAGCACCCACUUCCACUGCCUGCGCUGCGGCUUCCGCUGCACCGACAGCACCAAGGUGACGGCCCACCGCAAGCACCACGGCAAGCAGGACGUGAUCAGCGCCGCCGGCUUCUGCCAGUUCAGCUCCAGCGUGGACUGCGAGGUUCCCGACUGCAAGUACAAGCUCAAGUGCUCCCACUUCCACUGCACCUUCCCUGAAUGUAAGCACACGGUGGUGGGGAUGUCCCAGAUGGACUCCCACAAGCGCAAACACGAGAAGCAGGAGCGCGGCGAGCUGCCGUCCGUGUCGCCCAAACCGGAAGCCGCGCACCACCUGGCCUCCUCGGCCGGCCCUCAAGCCUCCCUGGCUUUGAAUGCGUCCCGUGGACUCACCCACCCCGUCAGCAACAGCAGCACCCACUGCAUGCUCUACUCGAGCGGCGGGCCAGAGUACGGCCACCCGUACCCGCCGUCAUCCAUCAGCCUGGACGGCUCCCUCAACCUGGGCACAGACACCGGCAGCUCCCUCUUCUUCCUCAAGAACGCCAGCGGUCUGGGUCUCAAUGACUCGCUGGACCUGAGCAAGAAGAUCCACCAGGAGGCGGCGCGACGCACGCCGGGCCACAGCGCGCCCCUGGGCAUGCUGGCGGCUCAGGACGACACCACCGGAACAUCCGGGGAGGCCGAGGACGAUCUGUCGCCCGAGGAGGAGGCGCGGGCUGAGGACGAAGAGGACGAAGAAGAGGAGGAGGACGACGACGAUGCGGAGCUCAACACUGACUCAAACGACGAUUCGGCGGCAGAGCCCGAAGAGGAGAAGGACGACGGGGAGAGUUUCGAUGCUUCCGUUAACCACACUGACACUUCCCAACUGGCCAAACAAGAUGGCGACCCCUGAAGAAAAAAAAAAACAAAUAACAAAACCUCGGCGAAAAGCAACCCGAUGAAUGCUUAAACAAACAAGAAUGAAAGAGGCCUCAUUCAUCAUGUUUCGAGACUUCACAUGACAACAAGGAACAACUGCAGCGAGGACAAUGGAAGGAAAAAGAAGACGACGGCCCAAUUGUGAUUGAUGAUGAUGUUUACAAGAUGACCAACAUGAUUCAUUCAAUAAUGCAUUAAAAAA